AUGCGAAGAAGAGCCAGGGAUGGCUUCCUGGAAGAGCCAAACUCAGGGCUCCACACCCUCAACAGCCACUGUCCAGGGCUCCAGAUCCAGGACACAGAGCUCCGCAGAUGCCCCCGUCCCUCCCACCACCGCCCAGGGCUCUUCCUGCCCCUGCCCUCCACCGCAGUGGGCUCCAUGCAGGUUGAGCUGAGACUGUGGACUAAGGAGAAAGGGAUGGGGCUGCAGGUGUUCACAGGUGAUGUUGAGAAGGGCAAAUUUUUUGUUCAGAAGUGUGCCCAAUGCCAUACUGUGGAAAAGGGAAGCAAGCCCAAGACUGGGCCAAGUCUCCAUGGUUUCUUUGGACAAAAGGCAGUCCAGGCCCCUGGAUUUUCUUACCUGGAUGCCAUGAAGAACAAAGGCAUUGCUUGAGAAGAGACACUGAUGGAAUUGGAGAAUCCCAAGAAGUACAUCCCUGGAACAAAAAUGAUCUUCAGUGGCAUUAAGAAGAGAGGAGAGAGGGCAGAUUUGACAGCUUAUCUCAGGAGCUGCUAA